CCACAGAGCCGGGAGGGGGCGAAGUGGGCGCCUAGCUUCCUACCAAUUUUUUCCUUGACGCGAAGCUUGCACUUGUAGAGAGAGAAAUCCAGAGCCAAAAGCGCUUCUUUAAUUUAGCUCUCGCCCCCUCUCCUUCCCACUCUUGCUUUCUCUCUCUAACCCAUCCCCUUCUCUCUCUCUCUCUCUCUCCCUCCACACGCACACACAAAAACCAACAAAGCGGGCGAGGUGAUCAGGCAGGGCAGGGCAAGCGGCAGGAAAUAAAUUUCAGCAAAGCUAGAGACCUCAGAUCAGUAGGAACUUGUGGGUGCCAUGAUGGCCUCCAUAACCAGCGAGCUCCUCUUCUUCCUCCCCUUCAUCCUGCUGGCCCUCCUCACCUUCUACACCACCACCGUCGCCAAAUGCCACGGCGCCCACCGGUGGCGGCCGACGAAGAAGAAGCGGCCGAACCUGCCCCCCGGCGCCCCCGGCUGGCCCUUGGUCGGCGAGACCUUCGGCUACCUCCGCCCCCACCCGGCCACCUCCGUCGGCCGCUUCAUGGAGCAGCACGUCGCACGGUACGGGAAGAUAUACCGGUCGAGCCUGUUCGGGGAGCGGACGGUGGUGUCGGCGGACGCGGGGCUGAACCGCUACAUCCUGCAGAACGAGGGGCGUCUGUUCGAGUGCAGCUACCCGCGCAGCAUCGGCGGCAUCCUGGGCAAGUGGUCCAUGCUGGUGCUCGUGGGGGACGCGCACCGGGAGAUGCGCGCCAUCUCGCUCAACUUCCUCAGCUCCGUCCGCCUCCGCGCCGUGCUGCUCCCGGAGGUCGAGCGGCACACACUGCUGGUCCUCCGGUCAUGGCCGCCCGCAGACGGCGCCUUCUCCGCCCAGCACGAGGCCAAGAAGUUCACGUUUAACCUGAUGGCGAAGAACAUAAUGAGCAUGGACCCCGGCGAGGAGGAGACGGAGCGGCUGCGGCUGGAGUACAUCACCUUCAUGAAGGGCGUCGUGUCCGCGCCGCUCAACUUCCCGGGCACGGCCUACUGGAAGGCGCUCAAGUCACGCGCGUCCAUACUUGGAGUAAUAGAGAGGAAAAUGGAGGAUAGGCUUGAGAAAAUGAGCAAGGAGAACUCAAGUGUAGAGGAAGAUGAUCUUCUUGGAUGGGCGCUGAAGCAAUCCAAUCUCUCGAAGGAACAGAUCCUGGACCUCUUGCUGAGCCUGCUCUUCGCCGGGCACGAGACGUCGUCAAUGGCACUAGCCCUCGCCAUCUUCUUCCUUGAAGGAUGCCCUAAGGCUGUCCAAGAACUCCGGGAAGAGCAUCUCGAGAUUGCAAGGAGACAAAGGCUACGAGGGGCGUCCAAAUUGAGCUGGGAAGACUACAAGGAGAUGGUUUUCACGCAAUGUGUUAUAAAUGAGACAUUGAGACUUGGCAACGUUGUCAGGUUCCUGCACCGGAAGGUCAUCCGAGAUGUGCAUUACAAUGGGUACGACAUACCGAGGGGAUGGAAAAUUCUUCCGGUACUGGCGGCGGUACAUCUGGAUUCGUCGUUGUACGAGGACCCCAAUCAGUUCAACCCUUGGAGAUGGAAGGUGUCUGGUUCUGCUGGUGUUUUGUUGCAGAGCAAUGCGCCGAGCAGCUUCAUGCCGUACGGCGGCGGGCCGCGCCUGUGCGCGGGGUCAGAGCUGGCGAAGCUGGAGAUGGCCAUCUUCCUGCACCACCUGGUGCUCAACUUCCGGUGGGAGCUGGCGGAGCCGGACCGGGCCUUCGUCUACCCCUUCGUCGACUUCCCCAAGGGCCUGCCGAUCAGGGUCCAGAGGAUCGCCGGCGAACACAGCGUUUUGACCGAGAGCACAGCGACGUAGUGGCACGGACGUAGGGUACGUGUCUAGCAGGGGAGUACAGAGGAGCGUACAAUUUUUCGUUGCGUUUUGGGGUUUGGCGGUUCGUGUUUAUGUAGAUGUCAUGAAAGAAGAAGAUAGGAGAAGGAUGAUGUAUAGAUAAAGAGUAAAAAGAAAAGGGGAUGGUUGGAAAAUUUAGUAGGGUUGUAAUAAGGCCGGCCCACGGCCCAUGUCAAGUAAUAAUAGAGAUAUAGUAAUUUUUCUGCUUUCUUUUUCCGAGAA